GCCAUUGCACAUGCACAUGCGAUAUGCCAAAGCCAAAAGAUGAGCAAUAAAGGGGAGGGGCUGUCUCAACUCGAGAUUUAUGCUUUGACCUUUGCCUCUCAACGUCAACGUCAACCUCUUACAAUUCACCCCGGCUGGAUAUUCUACAUUUAAUAAUUGUGAGUGCAGUCUGCAAUCAAGGCUAAGAUGAGCUCCACUAGAAGCCGCACCAGAACUGGCGUCCGAUUGGUUGUCGGGCUUUUUGCCCUGGUCGCCAUGGGAAUGUACACCUUUGUUGCCAAGACCCCUCAAUUGCAACACGUACACAGCACAUACACUCCCAAAGGACUGUUUGGUAAUAUCUACGCUCGUCUAUUUACUUCGCGGACAGCCAAACUGAACGCACUUAACCCUGUGUUACAUAAACGACAUUUACUCUCAUUGGACGGCUACAGUUAUAAUGAUGAUGACCCGACCACGCCCCCUUUGGGAGAUGAUGAUGGUGAUGACUGUACCAACCCCAGAGGAACACAUGACGGUUAUAACGACAGCUGUGCAUUUGUGCAGGACCAGUGUCAAGACGAGGCUGCCCUCGUUAACUACCUCUCUUUUGUCCUCUGUGAUCUGGCCAGCCUGGAGAUUCUUGGGUACGUUCUGUUGGGUCUGUGGCUCCUCUACCUCAUCUCUCUACUGGCCACAACAGCAGACAAUUUCUUUGUGCCCCCUCUGAACUUGCUUUCGGAGAAGCUCCGCCUCUCCCCCAGCAUAGCGGGGAUAACCCUCCUCGCUAUCGGUAAUGGGGCUCCGGACGUCUUCACUGCCUACGCUGCACUCCAAAGUGACGACAUUCAACUACUGUUAGGAGCGCUGAUAGGAGCAUCAAUUUUCAUCUCGACUGUUGUCCUGGGCAGUAUUAUUCUGACGGUCAAGAUCGAGAAGGACGAUAUCGAUCGUAUCGACUUUGUACGAGAUGUGGUGGCGUACAUAAUCACUGUUGCCUUGGUGAUAGGAGUGGCUUUUGAUGGAGAUGUUCGACUGGUGGAGGCCAUACUGUUCCCUGUUUUCUACUUCAUCUACAUUGGGACAGCCAUAACCAUUGCCUAUAUCAGGCGAUUAGUAGCCAAAAAGCGGGAGGAGCGGGCGGAGGCCUCGGUCACUGAGAAGAGCCCCCUCCUGGAUGAGCAUACACGUUCCCAGGACAACAGUGAACUGGUGGUACAGAUUAACGUCAGCCUCAGGGAGGGGAGAGAGGAAGUAAAGAAGAAGAGGUUGACUCUCCUCGGACUCACCUGGCCUAGAGGUUCCAACAUUGCGGUGAAGGUUCAGUGGUUCUUAGAGUGGCCGUUCAGUCUCCUGCGUUGGAUGUCCGUCCCUCCCUGCUAUUACGAUGACCAGUGGACAGAGUGGCAUCACUACUUUGUGGUCACCUCCCCUAUACCCAUCGCCAUGGUGCUACUGAUAGCUGCCCAAGGUUGGAGUGGGUUCACUGACUUCUACAUUGGGGUCAUGCCCCUCUAUGUCUUCCUAAUUAUGUGGGGUUUCAUCAUCUCAUCGUUAUUCUACUUCCUAGUGCCAUCUAACCGCCCCCCACAUUGGUCAGUACAGAUCAUCUUGGGGGUGCUCGCUUUCGUCAUGUCCAUAGCUUGGCUCAAUAUAGAGGCUAACGAGGUGGUGGCUGUCCUGCAAGCGUUUGGACUUCUAUUUUGAAUUGACACAGCCAUCCUCGGGCUCACGGUGCUGGCUAUCGGCAACUCCGUGGGGGAUUGGGUGGCGGACACAGCUGUAGCGAGGGCCGGUAAACCGGGGAUGGGCAUAGCGUCUUGCUUCGGGUCUCCCCUCCUCAACGAUGUCCUGGGGCUUAGUGUGGCACUGCUGGCUAAGAUGGCUACCAACGGAGGGCAACCGUUCACAUUCCCUAUACACACUGCAGCGUUUGACAGAGUGAAGCUCUCGUGGAUAUUUCUAGGGAUCUCUCUCCUCUCUAGUGUGAUAGUCUUCCCUCUCUUCAAGUUCUCUCCUCCUAAACCAUUCGGAGUGGCUCUUCUCUAUUUCUACCUUGUGUUCAUGGUCUUCUCUGUCCUAAGUCAAGUCGGUGUCAUGAACAUUCACUUUCCUUUCUAAAUGAACACAGGUUAUUACUUUUUUAUUAUUGUUGUUGUUGUUGUUGUAUCAUUAUGUAUGUAUAUAAAGUUUGAGCUCUGUUAAGCUAUCCUACCUGACUUUAUUGGUAGAUCAAUUAA